AUGCCGCGCCACUCGUUGUCGGAGGAGUAUAUUGCGGCCUGUAUUGCUUUGUCAACUCCACGCAUGCGUACACUCUUCCUCUCAGGACGUGGCCAUGUGUCCCAUGCUAUUGAGGUGGAAGCUAUGGUUGUGAAAAACUGGCCUCUCAAGGCAGAGUCGGAACGGCUGUUCUGGAUGAAAAGGGUUCCAGUCGGCCUGAGUUCAGCCGGGUCCGUGUCUGCGUCGGGCAGACUUUUUUUUCAUCUUCACGAGGUUUGCUUGAUCGUCGUUCACAGCUUGGAUCGAUCCGCCCUGGAGAAGACCAAACUGGGGCGUGUAGGGUCCAACAUCGUUGGGUUACAAUUCUUCGCGUAUGUACCCGGCCGUGGCAUUGCGACCACAAAGGGAAAUCCGGCUUGGCAGCAGGAGAUCCGGAACCCCCUCGACGGCGACAAUAGUGAUGUCAUGGUGGAGAAUUCAAUAUCUCAGGUGGAGCUGGUUGGCGUCACAGGAUCAUCAGGUUCUCCAUAUAUCGAGAAAGAUACGGAGGAGGAGAAGAUGAAGAGAAAAGAAGGGGGGGAGAUGGUUGAGAGAACGAGGGGGAAAGACUCGAAGAGCCCAGAAGCCUUAUGCUGGCAACAGGCUGGCAACAGGCUGGCAACAGGCCGAGACCUGAUUUACCGGCUUAUCCAGGAUCGACGCAGCGAGUCGAAACCGCGCCGGGGCGGGAUCGAGACAGCCAUGCAUAGCACCAUCAAAGUCUCAGUUCUAUGGAUCUUCCCCCGUCCUUCUGAGAGGGGCCUGAACACCCCGCAAUUAUACCCACGCCACGAACCAAGUGGCAAGGUCUUAGCACGCACGGCGAUGACGCCAGCCGAGAUCCCGACGCCUGACCAUGCCGAGACCUUUUUCACCCUCCCCUUUGACCAUGGGAUCCACCUACGGUUCUCUGCCACGAUAGCCGGGUAUUGUGUGCGAAGUGUGGGAGAAGGAAGGGAAGACACCGCUGGUUUGUCUGCCACACCCAACACCACCACCAAUGCUUCUUUUCCACCUUCCGAAUUUUUCCUUCCCUCCUCUUCGCCUCCUACUUGUCUACUGUCCAGCAGUACUCGAUAUCCCCGUUGCGCUCUCGGUCCGCUGUCCGCUGUCGCUGUCCAUUACCCGCUGCUCGUGGUCUUCUGCUGUUCUCCAACGCAUAAAUAUCCUUCACCCCGGUCCACUGUUCUCUCUGGCCCCCUCCUUGCUUGUGUCUUCAUCCCGACAGGAACCAAAAAACCUACCCCGCGCGUCAAACCGGCGACGCACUUCUCGACAUACUCGGCUAGACAUUUCACGAAGAACGAGCUUCGGAUCUCGGUUGGGCCUAGCUUCUGCGUGUCGUCGGGACAUCCCCUGAUCACAACGGUGCGCGCCAGUCAUUUACGAACGGGGGGAAUAAAAGAACGGAAGCGAACGGAAGCCAUUCGCCUCGACCUCUCUGUACAGCGUCAUAUCGUCCCAUCACGUCUGCCCACCGCCACCAUGGUUGAAGUUCUGCCCUCCGCCCUCUCACACCAUGGCAGCGCCUCGAAUCACCGGGACAUCCCCGUCACAGAUGUGUCCCGCGUUGCCGCUGCCACCGUGGCAGCCCGUGUGCUGCUGGGUGCCAGCGUCGCCUCUCGCCCGGAAAAUAAGAUGAUGACCCGCGAGGAGCAUAUCGCCAUGAUGAACGAGUUGAACAAGAAGCGCGCUGGCUGGCGGACGCCCCGUCGCGGCUGGUCCUCCACCGACUGCCCCGUCGUCGGGCCCACCCCGCUCUCGAACAUCUCUGCUGCCGCCUCGUCCCCCUUGGCACAGGUUAAUAAUAAUCAUCACCAUGAACCCGUUGAGCGGUCGUACCGCCCUAUUCCCGACCGGGCUCCUCCAGCAGCAGUCCGACAGCCGACUCUUCAGAAGCCGGUCGAACCAGAGCCUGCAGCCCCAACCGGGCCACAGGCUCGGCCUAAGCCGCCCCCUCCCCGGCGUUCGUACUCCGUCAUGGACUACGAACCACCCUCGCCGACGCACCGUCCCUCGUCUCGCAUGGUCAUCACCGAUCUCCCCUCCGAGAUCCAUUAUGCCGUCUUUGACUUCCUCGACCCCAUCGACAGCACCUGUCUCGGUCUCACCAACAAGCACUUCUACGCCAUCCACCGCCGUAUGCACGGUUCUGUCCCUCUGUCCUCGCGCCGCGAGGGCCCCAACGACUUGGAGUGGGCCUGGCGCGGCGCCGGACCCCUCGUCCACGGCAAGGCGGCGGGAGGAGCGCACACGCAUACCAGCACCAGCACCAGCACCAGCACCAGCACCAGCACCAGCACCACCAGCACCAGCACUACCGCCGCCGCCGCGGCCGGCGCCCAGGACGAGGCCGCCCGCGAGCGCCUGCGUGUCAGGGGCCAGGUCUACUGUCGCAAGUGCGGCAUCUCGCGGUGCGAACUUCACCGGCACCUCCGAGAAUGGGUGGCCGCCGCCGGCAAGCCCUACGAGUACUGCGCCGUGACUGCCAAGUACGGUCCGCCUGCGCCCGAGGACGCGAAGGAGUUCUGUCAUCUCAAGAGCCCGAAGCGGCCUCAUCGCUGCGGCAGACACUCGCCUAAGGGUACGGGGGCGCUGACUCCUCAGGAGCAACAGGCCAAGGCAUAG